GGCUGGCCGGCUGCUGCGCGGGCACUAUGGAGCACAAAUCACCGAAGGACGAGGGCAACGCCAGAGGACCGGGAUCUCUGUCCUACCAGCGGAGGAUGUGGAAGAAUUUCCAGGAGAAAACUAAACCAUGGCUGAGUCCGAAACUGGGAUCGGAGCGCCGCGGUGCCGGGGGCGCGGAGGGCAGCAAAAAGGAAUCGGGGCUAUGGAUGUUUAAGAGGAAAAAGAAACACUUGGACCGGGUGUUUUCCUCGUCUCAGCCGAAUCUAAGCUCCUCUCCGCCGGAUUCUUUUGAAGGAGAUAACAAGUCCCAUGGGGGCGACGCAGUCCCCGGCACCAGCAGCGACGGGCAGCACCUGCAACCCCUCGGCGCCGCUUCUGGAGCCACGGGAAGCAAACCCGAGCUGGCGACGACGGCACACGGGAGCGCAAAACUCCCGGUGUCCCAGCUGAUGCUUGUGUGCCAGCAGAAGAGCUCUUCGCUGGGAUCGGCGUGCUUUGAGAAACUGGUGGUGAACACGGGCGCGCUGGUGGGAGAGGAGCAGAAGAAGGAGGAGGAGGAGGAGCAGCAGCUGCGUAAAAACGCGAGCGAUUCUGGCAUCAACAUAGUUGCACCCAGUAAUGCAGAGCCCCCACAUCAACCUCCAGGUCCAGCCAUGUAUCAGCUGGACAUCAUCCUGAAGAAAGGGAGCAACCUGGCCAUUCGAGAUCGAACAGGCACCAGUGACCCAUAUGUGAAGUUUAAGAUUGCAGGGAAGGAGGUGUUCAGGAGUAAGACCAUUCAUAAGAACCUGAACCCGGUGUGGGAUGAUAGAGUAAGCCUUCUGGUGGAAAGCCUGAAGGACCCGCUAUAUGUCAAGGUGUUUGACUAUGACUUUGGACUUCAGGAUGAUUUUAUGGGCUCAGCAAACCUCCAUCUGGAGUCACUCGAACAUCAGAGGACACUGGAUGUGACGCUGGACCUGAAGGACCCGCAGUAUCCUGAACACAACCUGGGCAGCCUGGACCUGGCGGUCACUCUAUCACCGAAGGAGGGAGACAUGAGGGAUGCCACCAUGCUUUUGAGAAGGAACUGGAAACGAUCUUGUAAGUAUCAAAGUAUGCGCCUGUCAGAUGUGCACAGAAAAGCCCAGCUGUGGCGAGGCAUAGUCAGCAUCAGUUUGAUAGAAGGUCGCAGCCUCCAGCCCAUGGAUGCCAAUGGCUUCAGUGACCCGUACGUCAAAUUCAGGAUGGGCCACCAGAAGUACAAGAGCAAGACAAUUCCCAAAACGCUGAACCCCCAGUGGAGGGAGCAGUUUGACUUCCACCUGUACGAGGAACACGGCGGCUACGUGGACAUCACGGUCUGGGACAAAGAUGCUGGCAAGAAGGACGACUUCAUGGGAAGGUGUACUGUCAACUUGUCACAUCUCACUAAAGAACACACACACAAGCUGGACCUGCCGCUGGAGGAAGGUGAAGGUCUGCUGGUGCUGUUGGUUACGCUCACGGCUUCGGCCGCCGUUUCAAUCUCAGACCUGUCAGUCAACAUGCUGGACGACCCGCACGAAAGACACCAGAUCAUGCAAAGAUACAGUCUGUGGAGGUCAUUCAACAACCUGAAAGACGUCGGCGUGGUGCAGGUGAAGGUCAUCAGGGCCGAUGGACUGAUGGCAGCGGAUGUCACAGGUAAGAGUGACCCGUUCUGUGUGGUGGAGCUGAGUAACGAUCGGCUGCAGACGCACACGGUCUACAAAAACCUCAACCCGGAAUGGAACAAGGUCUUCACUUUUAACGUGAAGGACAUCCACUCGGUGCUUGAGGUCAGUGUUUACGACGAGGACCGAGACAGAAGUGCAGACUUCCUGGGGAAAGUGGCUAUUCCUCUACUAAACAUCCAAAAUGGAGAACGCAAAGCCUACGCCUUGAAAAGCAAGGAGCUGACAGGGCCAACAAAAGGGGUCAUCUUUCUCGAAAUAGACGUGAUUUUUAAUGCUGUGAAGGCUGGUCUCACGACGUUGAUUCCCAUUGAGCAGAAGUAUAUCGAGGAGGAACCCAGAGUGUCCAAACAGCUGCUGCUGCGCAAUUUCAACAGAGUGAGACGCUGCAUCAUGUUCCUGAUCAACACAGGCUGCUACAUCAACAGCUGCUUUGAAUGGGACUCUCCACAGAGGAGCAUCUGUGCUUUAGUACUUUUCGUCAUCGUUGUUUGGAACUUUGAACUCUAUAUGAUUCCUCUGGCUUUGCUUCUGCCUUUGGCCUGGAACUACAUCCUCAUUGCAUCGGGGAAGGAUACCAGGCAAGAUGUGCAAGCGAUGGAGGACCUGCUGGAGGACGAGGACGAGGAAUUUGACAGAGAUGACAAGGACCCUAAACCAGGCCCCUGGGAGGACAGCCGUGAUAAAAACUAUAUCCUCGAGGAUAUGUUGGCUUCCUGGCACUUUGAGUGGAUACGAGCAAUGGUGGACUCCGAGAGAAAGGGCUUCAUGAACAAGCUUUAUGCCAUUCAGGACGUGUGCAUCAGUGUGCAGAAUGCUCUGGAUGAAGUGGCCUCCUAUGGCGAGAGGAUAAAGAACACAUUCAACUGGACUGUACCUUUCUUAAGCUGGUUGGCCAUUGUGGCUUUCGGCGCAGCCACCACCAUCAUCUACUUCAUCCCUCUACGAUACAUCGUGCUAGCAUGGGGGGUGAAUAAGUUCACCAAGAAGCUGCGAGACCCCUACACUAUUGAUAACAACGAGCUGCUGGACUUUCUGUCCAGGGUGCCGUCAGAUGUGCAAGUGGUGCAGUACCGAGAGCUGAAACUGGAUCCCAAUCCCAGUCCAAAUAAAAGGAAGAAAAACAACCCGGGGUAAAUGACUGUGUCCACCAACUCUUCUCUUCUUCACUUUCCUGCUUGUGGUCUAUUACUGGACUCUGGGGAGCAGAGGGAGACGGCUCCGGACCAGCUCCGCUCAGCUAUCCUCCCUUCCUUUUUUUGCUUUCCAAUUUUAUUUUCUGUCUUAAAUUGCUCAUGAUGUACAGUACAGUUUCCUGAAUUUUUGUAUUUAAAAAAAAAAGAAAAAAAAGACGAGUACCAGAAAUAUCCCCAUUAAGCUUUUGAUUGAUUUUGAAGGCCAGGGGUAAGUUUGGAUGGAAUGACCUUUUGCUCAGCCCCGUGCGCCAACCUCCUUUCUUCUCUUUCACUCUGACAGCUCGGACGACUUUUUCCAUCUGCUUGCCAAAAGUGACAAGUGUCACACAAUGAGUAAAACGAGUUUUAACAUUUAUACUCGCCCUCCCAAAAAUGUAUCUGUUUUAUCGGAAUUCAAGCCUUAUACCAACAUUUUUGCAUUACCUCUGCAUUGGACUUUUAAAUAGUAUAUUGUAGUCAUCAAAUAGUUUUGGUAAUAAGUUCAUAUUUUGUAAUUGUUUUUGUACUGAAGUAUCUUUUGUGUUAUUCCUCUUGGAUGUGGUAAUGAUGUUGUGUUCAUAGGAAGUGAUUUGUAUUGUUUCCACUUAACUCAGCCAGCCAAGUUGAUUAGCAAUUAUGGUGGUAGCCCCCAGAUAUGUCCUUCUACACAAACGCAAACCUGCACCAACAGGCUGAAGGUGUGUGGUCAUAUCCGUCACGGCUGUGAAAAUCAUUCCACAGUAGAAGAUGCCGUUACAAACCAGUAAGUAAGUCUGCUGUUAAAAUAGAUUUGGGAUUACCAUACUCACAACUUCAAAAAUCCCAGAACUAUGAAAGAAAAUUGACAUUUUUAAGUAUAGACAGUUGGUAUUUUUUACCCUGGACGUGUAUCCGUACCGAAUGUCCACACAAUUUAGCGUUCAUAAAAACGUGUCAAAGUCCCCUGUCAGUCAAUCAGUGCGACGGCGUCUCUGCGUGUCACAUGACACAGCAGAAUGGGCCUUCUGCUGUCGGGGUGUUGGUGUAGAUGUCACCCGUCCACGCAGAGUGUCGCUAGGCGUGCAGGCGUUUAGGCAGACGCAAUCCCUAAUCUUGUUUGAAAGGCAAGUCUCCUUUCCUCUCAUCUCCAUGUGUGUUUGCCUCGGUGCCCACACAAGAAAGCAUUACCGCACGCACACGCACAAGCAUGCAUGCAGAGUAACUGUGCUUCUUUCAGAGAUCUUGCUUACACAUACUGUACCUACUUGCUCGCGGAUGAAAGCAUAACAUCCCAUUUGAGCAGGAACAUUCUCUCCCUCUCAGGCGCACACACAAACACACACACAAACAUGCUCUCUGUGCUGUUGUGCCCCAGGCUGGCCGCCCUCUCCAUCUGCCCCACCUCCUGUGCCCACAGCACAACUUUGAUCCGUCGUUCCAGAGACAGAGGCUUGUGUGUGUGUGUGUGUGUGUGUGUGUGAGAGAGUGAACCGUAUAUGUAAGGCUGUUUGCGUACACACGUUUACGGAAUCAAAGACACGCUGCUGUUCUCGCCGUCAGUGUGUGUAACAAUUGUAAAUCCCCUCCAGCUGUAGACUGAUGCAUGGAUUCAGUCGUGUGUGUGUGUGUGUGGUGCAGCGGCAGUGCCAGCUGUUAUUUGGUGUGGAAUUGGCUGCUGUAGGCUGCCGUCAGCUAAGAUGAGCGGCGCGUCGCGGCGUGACAGGACGAGGCUCUGAGGGGACCCGGGCCCGAGAUGUCAGGGUGUGCGUUUCAUGCUUUCACAUCCCCGUUCCCAUCCUGUUCCUCCUUCAGUCGGCGCUCUGUGCGGUUCCCUCACUCGUCAGCGAGCGGGGUUGCGACCCUGUCUGAAGGGACGGUCUCCUGGGCUUCUUUGCUGGAGCAUCCGUUGAAAGAUCACAGCCCACGCUACAUUUGAGCGGGCCUCCAUCUUCCCCCACCCAACCCCCCCAACGUUCUGCAGAUUUCUGCUCUCCCCCUUUUGUCUGGUUGUCUGUCUCUCUCCCAUCUUUAUCGCUCACACCCCUCCCUCCUCUCACCGCCACGACGUCUCCUUGCCGUCGUCGGUUCCCUCUCCCUCCCUCGCUCUUUACCUAUCCAUCUCCAUGCGUAAAUAUCAACAGGCUUGGAUCUGCCACUCCGGAGAGCCAUUGAUUUUGUUUUGUUGUUUUGAGGAAUCAACUUGAAAGACAAUAACAGACUGUCCCCUAAGAGCAGCGUUGCAGACUGAUUAUAGCGUCCUCAACAAACACACUGCGUGGCUGCUGAAGGAUGGCUCUUUAUAAUGCCUGAAGGGACUGUUUGAAUACCUGAUCUGUACUGUAUGUCUACUACCGUAUGCAGUUAUUUUACAGCAAAUUGUGAUUGCUAUUGUGUGGUAUUGCAUUCACAUACCAUUUCAUUUUCUGUCAUAUUAUUGGAUUUCAGCUUUCAGAUUUUGUUUGCAAGCAAACCAAAGUGUUUUUAAUUUUGUAUGAUGUAGGCAAAUAAAUCUGAUAAAGGAAUGUAUCAGCUGUAAAGUGGGGGAAAAGCACUUUUAUUUGCACCAAGCUGAAAUAACUAUUUAUUUUUUAAAUAUUUCUGUACAGAGCUUACUACUUAGUUUCAUGUUUGUAUUUUAUACAGUAUGCCUGUUGAUAAUGUAAAGUAGGUGUAUGCCUGCCUCAUUUUCUAAGGUCUGUCUUUUUCUGCCUGCGACGUUGCCUGCCAGUGACAUCAUCUUCAUGUGCCCAGUUCUUGUCCAAUGAAAUUUCAGGAAGGGAAUCAGGAAAAAUUGGUCAGCCGGGGUGUAAGAAGAUAAGAUGUAUAUUUACGGUUUGAUAAAUAAAAUGCAUCUGAUGUGUGUUGAUUUAUUAU